UGUUUGUAGAAUUGCCAAGGAGGCUGAUGUAGUGCUUGUAGCUGUCAGCUAUGGCUUGUCUCCUGAGCACCCGUAUCCCAGUCAGUACAAGCAAUGCCUGGCAGCUACUGUACACUUCAUGCGAAAUGCGGAGGUCUAUGGGGUAGAUCCUUCUCAAAUCAUCAUCUUUGGGGACAGUGCAGGAGGCAAUUUCACUUCUGUCGUAGCCCAACAACUGACGAAGAGACGAGACCUCCCCAAACUACGGGCUCAAGCACUGAUCUAUGCUGGCGUUCAAGCAAUGGACUUCAACCUGCCUUCCUACGUGCAGAAUGCUACUAUGCCGCUUUUGAGCCAGGAAACUGUGAUAAAGUUUAUCCUGCAGUAUUUUAUAAAGGACCCAGCUCUGAAAAGUGAUAUCCUGAAAGGCUCUCAUGUGCCAGAUCAUUAUAGGCUGAAAUACCGAAAGUGGGUGAGUGCCGAUAACAUUCCCGAGAAAUUUAAACGUGGUUACCGAGAGGUGCCUCUUGCUCCUUACAAGCCCGAGGUUUACAAACAGUUUCCAGAGCUGCUGGAAGAAACCUUUUCUUCCAUUUUUGCUGAAGACCACAUCAUCAAGCAACUCCCCGAAACUUUCAUUGUGACCUGCGAAUACGACGUAUUUCGAGACGACGGCCUGUUGUACAAGAAACGGCUGGAGGAUUGUGGGGUGAAAGUCAGGUGGUUCCAUGCUGAACAGGGGUUUCACGGGGUUCUGAACUUUUCCGACCUGGGCAUUUUCACCUUUCCGGCUGGGGUAGAAAUUGUGGACAGUAUUAUAGACUUUGUCAAAGGUUUGUGAGAGGUUUCCUUGUAACCUUUUGUGACAGCUAAAAUAGGCGGCACUCCAUGCUAGGCCUUCGACAUGGAGAGUGGGUUGCCAGUCAUCUAGUCCAACCCCCUGAACAACGCAAGAGAUUCACAACUCCCCCCCACUCCCUAGUG